CGUAAUAUAAUCUUCAAUUGUUCGUAUUAACAGGUCAAGCUCUUUAUGUGCAUGUCACAUUUCUGAAUUAAUCUUUUUUCUUCUGGCAAUUACUUAUAUUUAGAGAUGUCGACAACAGCUGAGCUCAGUUGAAAUGAUUUCUUAAGCUAGUCAACAUGGGCUACAAUAGGCUGUUCAUAAAGAUCUUCCUUCUAGCAGCCGUAUACUGGACAGCUAGCUCGGACUAUAAGCCUAGAAUAUUGACACGCUUGAUGGCUCGAUGCAUGAGAAAUAGACAACACUACAAAUUGCUGACUAAUGGGAAUGUGAAGAAAUGUCUGAGGUAUGAAGAGACAAUGAAGCCAUACGUAGAGGCCAAAAGGAUUUGUGAAGAAGAAGGAAGUUUCGUGGCUACAUUUAGAACCAAAAUGGAACAGCAAAUAAUCUUAAAUGAGCUUUACCGUGGGUUUACAGAACAUCCUAAAGUAGUUUGGAUUGGCUUAGACAGAUUGGAAGAUUACAAAACAUUUAAAUGGAUAGACAAUGGAGAAGUUAUUGAAAAUCUUACCCAGAAAACAAAAUUUAUGACUAACCAUGAGUGCACAAGCUACAAUCCUAGUUCGAGAAUCAUAAUUCCAACCUUUUGCUUUCUUUACAACAACUAUUUUUGUGAAUUACGUUGAAUGUUUCUAAAAAAAAAAUAUUAACCUGAAUAUUUCCAGAAGUUUCUAUUUCACAACUUAAUAAGGAAUAAAAAUAUAUCUAGUGGA